UACAAGGAGCUGCACAAUCUCUAUUUGGUUGCGGGAAAUAUUUUUUAUUUUCUAAAUUAAGAAAUGAACGGAAAACUUUUAUGUAUCCCGUGUUUCAGACUGUAUCAGUAGACACUUUCAGAAGAGGAUGCCUCCACCGACAGACCCGAGGAUCACAUGUUUGAUCAGGAUUGUGUUAUGUCAUUUUUCCGACAGCUUUACAAACUAGCAGGUAAACUUGAAAAAAUAAGCCGUGCCAGAAAGAUUCACCUUUAUCACGACAUUUGACCGAAAAGACUUGAAAACGUAUAUCCGAUCACUUUCAUUUAUGCUAAUUCGCCUGAAGACUAUUAGAUCUUUUAGUUGUUUUUAUUUUGCACUGUUUUUAAGUUGGUUUGGAUUAAAAAGCCAAAGGACCUUGUCGAGUUUGAGACUUUCCAUGGGAAGUAAUGCAGAAUAUAUAUGAUUUAUAAUCUAAAUGCUAAGACAAUUUCCUUAAUGCAAAUAAAUAACUGUAUUCUGUUCGCGUUUACGGCGACGAAAGCAACCUGAGGAGUUUAAACGAAGUUUGUGCGCGAGCUGAUAAACCAGCUGGAGCGCGAGCUCAUUAGUAUUAACUGAAUUAUUGGAUCAGAUCGACACGAUAUUCCUUUAAACAUUGAAUGAAAUGCGAUAAACAGAUACAAUCCGACGGGAAAACGGGAAAGCAGUCCCAGGGAGUGAAAUUGGGUCUGGUGUUUAGGCGAGAGGCCUGCUGGUCGGGCUUUUGCCGGGGGAUAUUUCGGGUACAGGCAGCGUCAGAGCGCGUUCAGCCCGGCUGUGAGUGACGCGCAGACUCGGUGGUAGAGGACGAGCUAUGGAGAGGAUGGAGGUGGACCAGUGCGCAGGCGCAGGAGGAGCCCUCCGAAGGUCGAACAGCGCCCCCAUGAUCAACGUCAGUCACAACAGUGAAGGAAUGACAGUAUUCAGCUCUAAUAGUUCGGCUCGGUAUCGUCGGAGCAGUGUGUCUGUAAAUCCAAGCCUUCCUGCACGGACCCUCCCUCUGUCCCCAUUCUCCCUCUCAUGUGAGAGAUCCGAACACAAGAGACAGAUAGAGAAUAUGGAGCUCACUCUGAGAGGGAGACUAAGUGCCUCUCCUGCCUUUCCCAUCCCUCCUGCAAGUCAUUGGCAUGACCAUCUAUCUCCAGGAUUCUAUUCCCAGGACAGUGGUGUAACUCCUAAUUCCUCACCCAGUCCAACUCGAAGAUUUCGUGGAGGAUCUGUAAGCUCUGGAGUGAGAUUGCCAUCAACUGUACCUUUGAAAAGGAAAGGUGGAGUGGAAUCAGAUGGACCACCCAAAAAACUCUUUAUUGCUGGAGUCACCGACCCUGCUCACAUAACCAGUUACACAGUCAGUGUUUCACAGUCAGUGGACUCUUCCUCUGGAGCUGCACCUGUAUGUUCCAACGCCCAGGCCAGCCCUCUCUCCCUCUCCCCUCCACCAGCUUUUACCUCUCACCACCCCAGCAUUUAGACAUCAGACACCUUCUUAUAUGAAGACCAAUUAUCGGUCCGAAUUCGGUCCGGUUCUUUCCGAUGAUCUGUUCUCCUGCUUUUCAGUUUGUUGUUUUGAUAAUACUCUAUGCAUUUCAAUCAUUUCUGAAGGAAAUUCAUCCAAGUCGUGUCGUCAGUUGAGAAGAAAUGAAGACGUAAUAUGAAAAGCCAAAGGCAAGAGUGGUAGAAGCAUCUAAAAUGACAACAGAAGUUGAGUGCUGCAGGCUAUCGUAUGUAAAUUGUGAAUAAUUCUGUUCUGACAGAUUGGUGCCUAUGGUCUAGUACCUUGUAUUUCUGAUAUAUUAUCUGCAAUAAUAGUUUGCAACUGAGUGUUCAAGCGAUAACAGCCUGAUGCAGUGAAUUAACUUCAGUGUUCAGUCUGAAGAGAAAGACCAGUUGCGGCAAAACAUUAUUGUAUUUUGGUACAUCAUCAGCUUCCAUUUAUAGGGGUCCAAAUAUCUGGUUAAAAAUCCAGAUUCAGCAAAAAAAAAAAAAAAAAAAAACAUAAUAGGGGAAAAUAGUGUUAAAUUCGGUGGGCUUUAGCAUCCACAUUUUUGUUAAUAUGUGAAUAGUUUAUAAAUAUGUGAAUAAUCAAAUAUUAUUUUGGUAGGUGUUUGUCCUACAUUUCUCUUGUUUUUAUUCCAGGGGUCUGAUAUCUGUAAAUAUGUUUAUUUUUCCAUAUAGCUUUUAGUUUGGGCUGAACAUUUUUAAAGUUUGAAAUAUAUUUAAAUAAUUGGAAAUAAAACCAGAGCACUCAGGCAAUUUCCGCAUUUGGAUUAGAUUAUUGUUCCGAUUUAUUAAAAUGAGUACUGUAAAUAGCAGACAUCUCGCUCUGCGUCUACACUCCGCGUAAUCGAUGAAACAAAACUAAAAUGCAAUUGGAUGAAUCCAAAUAUGGGACGCUAAUUUGCUUAAUAAUCAUGUAAAUAAUGUCGCCGUGCAAAAAAUAAAUCUCAAUGGUCCUAAAAUAGACUUGCAAAGUGAUAUCAUUGAUUUGUUUUGAUUUUGAGUGAAAUAUGACUUGGACAUGUUCUUCACAGGUUUUGUGAGAUUCACCCAAUGCAAGCACGCAACUUUGUUAUAGACAAUGAAGACAUGUUCAUCUAUUAUAACGGGACCGUUUUAGUUUUGUCACGUCACGCUGCUUGCUCUUAGUGUAGAGAGGAGGUGUCGGUUAUACGCCAAGCACUUUCAUUUGAAAUUCCAUGCCAAAAACUGACCUAAAAUGUCUAUAAUGAGAAUGUAACCGAUCUCACGCAAGCUGCUUUAUUCAGUACUGCCACAGUCAGUGUGAAAAGCAUUUGUCUUACUGUUUUUCCCUUAACAAAAUACUGCAUUUGCACAUCAAAACCCUCGAGACCCUUACCUUGUGAAUUAUGUACAAAAGUCAAGGAAUUUUGCAAGGGAUGGGAUAUUGUGUAAAUGGUUUAUACAAAUGUAAUAACACAUAGGCAAUUUUUACAUUCAUACAAACACGGUUUGUGGAUAUCAUGUUUUCUUCUUGUACAUUUUGCACAGUGUUAGACAAUGUUAAUCAAUGCAAACAUGAGUGGGAUCAUAUUCACUAAUGUUGUAACAGUUUUUGUUUGUUUAAAUUGUUUUACUUGAGAAAUGUUUUGAUUUUGUCAGUGAGCCGUAUCUCAUUUAAAAGUUCCAAACCUACAUGACUUUGUUUUUUCGAUGAAACACAAAAGGAGAUGUUAUGUAACGGUGAUGGUGACUUACAUACUGCCUAACACCAUCUUUUGUUUUCCACUGAAGCAAGAAAGUCAUAUGGGUUUGGAACAACGUGAGGUUAAGCAAAAUAUGACAAUUUUCAAUUUGGAGUGAACUAGCAAUUUAAUGUGCACGGCAUAAGAUAGAAGACAGUGACAAUCAGUCAAAUCUAUCUUUUUGUUUGAUGAACUUUUAACUUCAAAGACGCAGUUUUGGAUUAUGGCUUUAAUUCAGAUAUUUGAAAGCUGAAUUAUAUGUAUCAGGGUCAAAAGCACCGAGGCACACUGAAAAUGAUGAUGAUGCAUUAUAUUAACAUGCCACAUUGUCCUUGAGCAAACAAAACUGGAAGCCAUUCACAAACAUAUUAUUUGGCAUGGUGUUGCAUUAUUAAUGGAAUUACGCAUGUUGACUGGCUCUUGUACAGUUGCAUAUGUGAAGUCUGGUUACAAAUAAUUACGGAUGCACCUGUACUUUAAUAUAGUAUAUGGUAUAUGUUAGCAUUCAUGGUUUCCCUAAGUUUUUAUCAUUUCUGACUGCUUUACAGUUUCUAGAGCUGCAUACAUGUGAAGCUAUUCCUCGGUUUCCGUUGUUAAAGGGAUAGUAAAAGCAAGAAUGACAAUUGUCAUCAUUUACUCACUCUCGUGUUGUUCCAAAAACAUGACUCUGUCACCAUUUUUUGCAUUGCAAAGAAAUAUGCAAUGAAAGUCAAUGGUGACUGAGCACAACAGUGAGUAAAUUAUGACAGAAUUGUAAUUUUUGGGGGAACUGUCCCUUUAAAUAUCAGGAGGAAUAUGUUCUUUAAUACGAUGUCAUUGCCUUUCAUUUUCAUGCAUUUAUUUUUAAAGUCACAGAAAUGUGAGGAAAAUGCCUUACCGAUUUUGAAUAGUUUUAUUUUUAAGUUUGUAUUCCAAAGUUACUUGCACUGGCUGCCAUUUGCAGUUUCCAGUUGUCGAGGUCCUUGAGCUUUUCAGAGAUUAAUACCAAUGUUUAUGGGUCUUCGAAAGGAUUUAGAAUGUGCAAUAUGCAUUUAAUUAAAUUUAAGUUGCUGGAAUUAGUAUUUGUCAUGUUCAUCAGGACAAGUUCCAUUUAUUUAUCAAGAAUCUGAAUGGAAAACUUGGGAUGAGAUCGGAAUGAUCUGUUGUAUUGUGUAAAAUCAGUUUUAUUAUUAAUUUCCCUACCGUCAACUUGUCAUUUCUUUUUCAAACCUGCCAUACACUUAUCUGUGAUAGGAUCAGUUAUAUCUGUGGGCAGGAGGUAAGAAUACAUAGAUAGAUGGUCUUUAUUGUUUUCACCAGUCUGCCCCACGAAAGAAAAAGAAUGAAGAUCUUGUUUCUUUUACAAACGUUCACUUUAAAGGAAGAGUGCCGUUACUAAGUGAUUUGUGAAGUGUAACAGUCAGUGUAAGAGUUAAACUGUUUUCUGGAUUGAGGAUUGCAAGCAUACAGAAAACAUUCUAAUGAAAUGCCAAAGGCAAUUGCUUUCUGCCUAUCAAAUGUUGUCUAGAAGUCUAGAAGCCAGAAAACUAAAAUUGAAAGAUGGAUAUUUAGUUUGACAUGUUGGUAGCAAAAGUCAAUUUAUUCCCUGUGAAUCACACAAGAUGAAUAGCUUAUUAUCAGAGAAGAAACGUCAUUCUUCAUCAAAUAUGUAUAUUAUACCAUAUAUAUUCUUUAUG